AAAACAUAUAUUGAAAUAAUAUGCAUUAUUAUUUUAAAGAUUUGUUUGUCCAAUGGGUUUGAUUCAAUUCCUGUCACUUAUUUCGAUUUAACUGAUAAUAAUCCAAACUUUGAAAUUAAAAACUAUGAAAGAAGAUUAAUCAAGAAUCUUGUAAAUGACAAUCUACUGUGUGACAAGAAACCAACAUUAAAUAUGACAACGAUUUUAAAGAGUGGUUUUAAAGGUAUUAAUGGUAAUCAAAGUUUUAAUGAGUGGUUUCAUGAAACGGAUGGAAACUUAAUGAUAAAGGAUCAAUUUUUAUUAUUUAACCAAAGUGGUAACUCCCUCAUUUUCAAAAAUAGAGAUUUUCAUCCAAUCGACUCCAUAGGUUUAAGACAAUGGUACUCUGAUUCAAAAGGAGAUUUGAGAAAUUUUCAUUUUUGUAUGGAAAUUCAUGGCCUAUUUUGGAAGAAUCCAUCAACAGAAAAUAUCAAAAUAACUGCAGAUGAUGACUCAUGGCUAUUUAUAGAUAAUAAAUUGGUAAUUGAUAUGGGUGGUAUUCAUGAUCCAAUAACUGAGGUAUUUAAUGUAUCUAAAUUAGAGAACUAUCGUUUCUAUUCAUUUGACCUUUUUCAUUGCGAAAGACAUACUUUUAAUUCAGUUUUAGAAUUGGAAAUUCCUCAACUAUUGAAAUACUACACAAUGACACCAUGUGGAGCAAAAGAUGAAAUCAAAUCACCCGAAUUUCUAAAAAAUAUAUUCAGCCUUUAUAAAAAAAUACCAGAAGUUCAAUAUGAAUCUCAAAAACUAUUAAAUGAAGUUUUGCAUAGUUUAAAACAUUUUUAUCCCUCAAAUCAAAAUUCAAUUAAAUCUUUACAAAUUGAUUUAAAUAGAAUUUUAACUUAUCAAGACUCAACUCCAAAUAAACCUCCAACUAAUAUAUCACCAGAAUCUAUAAGAAUUAAUUUGGAUCUAAAUAUAAAUAAUAUUUUAAAUAAAUCAACAUAUAGACAAUCAUUAAACCAAGUAUCUCAUCUUAUAGAAAAUUUACAAGAAAAUAAUAAUAACAAUAGUAAUCACAACAACAAUAAUAAUUAUAAUAAUGGUGUUCAAAUAUGCUUUAAAGUUGAUGAUAUCUCAAGGUUGUCUUCAUCAAAAAGUGAUAAGUCAAAUGAACAAACCCCUUCCCCAUCAAAAUAUGAAGAACCAAAAAAAUGUUUUGUAAAAAUUUUAAAUAUUUGUUUGUAAAAAAAGAUAAAUAAAUUUUAAAAUCUGAUAAAUUUUUUCCCAUCAGC